CUCAGCUCUCCUCUUCCCCCUGGGGGUCUCCUGCUCUUCCCUCCGUGGGUUCCCCAAACUGCCAACGUUGCACCUCAAUGAAUCUGAAAUCUUCCUCUGCCUUCCGAGCGGAGCACAGCUUCCAGCAGUCUUCAUCCUCCUCCUCCUCCUCCUCCUCCCAGCAGCCCCGGGAGCCAUUCAUGGACAAGUCCCUGGGAAUCUUCAGCGAUGACUUUGGCAAGUUCCGGAGGCCCCACGGCGACCCGCUGGGCUACCCAGGAGCCGCCGACAAUGUGAAAACUGUGGGAAACACCUUCCAGUUUGCUGUCGAUGUGAGAGAUUUCUCCCCAGAGGACAUUAUUGUCACCUCCUCCAACAACCAAAUCGAGGUCCAUGCCGAGAAGUUAGGGGCCGAUGGGACGAUCAUGAACACAUUCACACACAAAUGCCAGGUGCCAGAGGAUGUGGAUCCCACCACGGUGACGUCGGUUCUGGGGGAGGACGGGCAGCUGACAGUUAAGGCCCAGAGGAACCCAAAGCACUCGGAGCACCUACAACAGACCUUCAGGACUGAGAUUAAAAUCUAAAUAAAGGGGGGUGAGCAGGAAUGGGGGGGCAGGAAGGUGGGGGUGAAAUGGAUUGAAGGAAGAACCUGCCCUAUGCCCCCCCCCCGCACUAUAAACUCUUUAACUGCUUCACUCCCAAAUGAUAUUGUUCCCGGGGGGCUGUGAAUCCAUCGAGCGCUCGCAGCCCCCCCAUUGGAGUAGAAGAGAGAGGCGUGGCACACCAUUGUAGCUCUGAUUGGUUUGUGUGUGUGUGUGGGUUGGACACCAGUUUGUCACAAAGCAUCAGUGCCCCCCCCCCCCCCCGAGAGAGAGACCCCCCCGGGCACUGCCAGAGGCUCACAUGGGUUAAAGGAACAGUAAAGCCUUUAAUAGAUAUUAAUAAAAAAAUAAUUUUGCCAUUUUUAAUUUAUUUCUUCCCAUUCUGCUUCUCUACUUCAUUUUCCCCAUUGCCUCCUAACUGCCCUAUUGGCUAUUAGUUGCCCCCCUCCUACUUCUCAGGGUCACACUGGCCCUGUAUAGGAACAAAGAGUAUAUAGGGAGAAAGAGAGAUAAAGGGGGGGGGAUGAAAUAGAGUAAACAGGAGAGCUGGAAGGGUUCAGCCCACAAGCAGGAAGUAGAGCAGAUAGGAGAGUCGGAUGGGGAAGAACAGCUGGAAGGGUUCAGCCCACAAGCAGGAAGUAGAGCAGAUAGGAGAGUCGGAUGGGGAAGAACAGCUGGAAGGGUUCAGCCCACAAGCAGGAAGUAGAGCAGAUAGGAGAGUUGGAUGGGGAAGAACAGCAGGAAGGGUUCAGCCCACAAGCAGGAAAUAGAGCAGAUAUGAGAGUCGGAUAUGGGAAGAACAGCUGGAAGGGUUCAGCCCACAAGCAGGAAGUAGAGCAGAUAGGAGAGUUGGAUGGGGAAGAACAGCAGGAAGGGUUCAGCCCACAAGCAGGAAAUAGAGCAGAUAGGAGAGUUGGAUGGGGAAGAACAGCAGGAAGGGUUCAGCCCACAAGCAGGAAAUAGAGCAGAUAUGAGAGUCGGAUAUGGGAAGAACAGCUGGAAGGGUUCAGCCCACAAGCAGGAAGUAGAGCAGAUAGGAGAGUUGGAUGUGGGAAGAACAGCAGGAAGGGUUCAGCCCACAAGCAGGAAAUAGAGCAGAUAGGAGAGUCGGAUGUGGGAAGAACAGCAGGAAGGGUUCAGCCCACAAGCAGGAAAUAGAGCAGAUAGGAGAGUCAGAUGUGGGAAGAACAGCAGGAAGGGUUCAGCCCACAAGCAGGAAAUAGAGCAGAUAGGAGAGUUGUGAUGUGGGAAGAGCAGCAGGAAGGGUUCAGCCCACAAGCAGGAAAUAGAGCAGAUAGGAGAGUUGGAUGUGGGAAGAACAGCAGGAAGGGUUCAGCCCACAAGCAGGAAAUAAAGCAGAUAGGAGAGUUGGAUGUGGGAAGAACAGCAGGAAGGGUUCAGCCCACAAGCAGGAAAUAGAGCAGAUAGGAGAGUUGUGAUGUGGGAAGAGCAGCAGGAAGGGUUCAGCCCACAAGCAGGAAAUAGAGCAGAUAGGAGAGUCGGAUGGGGAAGAACAGCAGGAAGGGUUCAGCCCACAAGCAGGAAAUAGAGCAGAUAGGAGAGUUGUGAUGUGGGAAGAGCAGCAGGAAGGGUUCAGCCCACAAGCAGGAAAUAGAGCAGAUAGGAGAGUCGGAUGGGGAAGAACAGCAGGAAGGGUUCAGCCCACAAGCAGGAAGUAGAGCAGAUAGGAGAGUUGGAUGUGGGAAGAACAGCAGGAAGGGUUCAGCCCACAAGCAGGAAGUAGAGCAGAUAGGAGAGUUGGAUGUGGGAAGAACAGCAGGAAGGGUUCAGCCCACAAGCAGGAAAUAGAGCAGAUAGGAGAGUCGGAUGUGGGAAGAGCAGCAGGAAGGGUUCAGCCCACAAGCAGGAAAUAGAGCAGAUAGGAGAGUCGGAUGUGGGAAGAACAGCAGGAAGGGUUCAGCCCACAAGCAGGAAACAGAAGGGCUAUGGAUAAUGGUAAGUACCACAGGCUGCUUUUGCCUUUGUUUCAUUUAUUCUCCAAGCCUGAGACUCAGAGUUGGGUUUACUGUUCCUUUAACCCCCCAUGUAGAACGCAAACUGCGUAUUCCUGCGCCAUUUCGGGGAAGGGGUUAAUUACGGUUACUCCCACUGUGCCGUUUCUACCGGAAUUAAAUCGCCAUAAAAGAACAAAUCGCCAUUUCCUUCAGCGCUUGAUUGUUGUACACAAAAUAUAUAUUUGUUAUUCAUUAUUUUUUCAACCAUAAAAACUGAAUAAAGAAUUUUAUAUUCCAAAAAAAAA